AAAUGGCGACGACGUUGGUUUGUGUUGAGACUGUCGGGUCAAAUACCCGGCCAAUAUGUGCUCGAGUACUACGCCGACUCGUCUAAGAAGAAGAUCAAAGGAGUGAUCGAUUUGGAUCAAUGCGAACAAGUCGACGCUGGCCUACAACUCGAGGGCCGUAAAGAGAACUAUCAGCACAUGUUUGACGUGCGGACGUCUAAGAGGACCUACUAUUUGGUGGCCAACAGCGAGAGUGAG